AACAAAAGAGGUGACUAAAAUCCUGUCAGGCAUUCCUUUUCCAUUUGGUUUUUAAAGAACUUUCUAAUUCAGGGGGCCUUUUUCAUCCAAUUAUGAAGGCCUUCAUUGUACUAGCACUCUGCUGUAGUUUUUUCUCUAUCAGAGCCAUUCCUCUUGCAUUUGAGUUUUUGGACUGUGAUGACCCUGAUGUCUUUAAAGCUGUUGACGCAGCACUGAAGAAAUUCAAUGGAGACAGAAAAACUGGUAACCAAUUUGCUCUAUACAGGGUGAUGGAAGCCAAGAAAACUGCAGGUCCUGACCCACUGUUCUAUGUGAAAUACAGAAUACUUGAAAGUAAUUGUACCACUGAGGAAAACAAACAUUGGCAACACUGUCAAUACAAAGUAUCUGCAGAGGCUAAAACAGGAGAAUGUACAGCUCGAGUUCAUAUGAAUGAUGCUGAUAAAACAACUAAUGUUUCACAAGAAUGCAAAAUUUUCUCAGAUGUGUCAAAGAUAAGACUUAGUGAGGCUCCAUGUCUUGGAUGCUCUCACCGUAUAUCAAGUGACAGUCCAGAAGUGUCAGAAAUUCUGAAAAAAGCCAUUCAGAAGUUUAACAAGCACAGUGGUGAAUUUGCUCUUUUCAAGCUUGUGGAAAUAAAAGAAGCUAAGAGACAGGUGUUAAAUGGAUGGGAGUAUAAAAUUAACUAUGAAAUUGAGGAGACUAAUUGCUCCAAAGGCCAAUUUCAAGAUUUAACUCCAGAAUGCAGAACCACUUCUAGAGGUCGUGUAGCUAAAUGUGCGGCUGAAGCAUUUCAGAAUCUUCAGGCAGAGAUCUUGGAUGUUGCCAGCGACUGCAAACUUCCAGUUGAAGAAACAGUAGUUCCUGAAAUUUGCCCAGGUUGUCCAAGGAUUAUCCCAAGCGACAGUCCAGAACUGAAAGAGCUACUGAAGCUUUCUAUAGACAAGUAUAAUUUGGAGAGCGAUGAUGAGUUCUACUAUAACAUUGCAGAAGUACUAUCAGCAACAGUUCAGAUGGUUGCAGGAAAAAAAUAUCAAAUAAACUUUAAUGUCGGGAAGACAAACUGCUCUAAGAGUGAAUUUGAAAAACUUAAUGAAGACUGUGUAGCCUUAUUUGACAGUGAACCACUGUCAUGCAAUGCAGAAAUUCAUGUGAUCCCAUGGCAGAAUAAAAUCUUUCCCCAGGUGAACUGCUCUGAAUAUUAUGGAGUGAUGCUCUCAGCAAGACUGCCUCCUGGAUUCGUACCUUUCCGGAGCAGUCUGCCACUAAGUGAGGAAGAAGAAGAUGGAGAAAGCCAAAGCCCUAGCCCAGAAAUUUGGAAAGACGAUGGACAGGAACCAGAAGGCAAAGGUCUCCCAGAACCUCCUCACCCCAGAUGUCCUGGAAAAUCAUGGAAACAACUUGUGGGCUUUCUAGCCCCUCCUAGCUUUCCCAGAGAAUUCAGAGAUGAGGAUCUCUUGCCUUCCACAGCAGAAAACAUCGAUCCAGCUACAGAAAACAACCAGGAAGACUUUGAUCUCACAGAUGCUUUAGCAUAAUUCAAACAUUGUAGGAUCCUUUUCAGAAAUGUUACAUAGAAAAUAUGAAGAAUACUGCCUUUUGAAAUGUAUAAAACACAAAGAGGCAGAAGCUCAUAUUCUGUUAACUGAAAUACUCAAGUAGGUCACCAACACUUCUGGGGACCUAAGACCAUAUGGCAAUAUUGUGCAUUUGCAUAUAUUUGCAAAUAUGUAAAUCAGUGUAACUCAUCUGCCUCAAUUUUCUAUAAGCGCAAACUGAAUCACUGCAUCAAAUCUUACUCUAUUAUAUUUAAAACAAUGGCAGAAAGAAUUUUCCAGAUAACAUGAAUAAUCUCAACCAAAUGUGGGUAAAACAGAAGACAAUAUAGAACAAGGGAGCCUCUCUUAGAUAUGUGAAAUAAUUUUUCUGUAAUUUACUAGGGUGGAUCAUUAAAAGAACAAAAUAAAACAAAGGAACCUUUUUACCUAUUCAUUUCUUUAAAUAAAUCAAUAUUAAACACCAGUCUAUCACAGUCUA